UCGCCUCAGAAGAGCGUUAGUGUCUGAGUGGUAAGGUGGUGGCGGCUGGCGCGGAGUGAGUGGAACCAUGUGACAUUGUAUUCUCUUAUUUCGCCAGUUGAUAGUGCUUAAUCUUUAAGGAUACCCAUAAACCACAGUGUGAUAUAUGCCAUAUGUAGUUAUUGAGCAUCCAAGCAGGUUGCACAUUCAUCCCGAGGGAGGAGAUGACAUGUUAACAUAAAAACUGGCAGAAGUUAAGUGAUAGCGAUAGAAUAUCCCGCCAAGAUUGUGCGGCGGUGCUACACCUGGCACAAAGCAUGAGCGAGCACAGCUAGACCUUGUGUCACUGAGUGGCCUGAGUGGUGUGUGAGGCCGGCCGUGUGUGGUGUGUGGUGUGGGCGUGAGGCUUUGGUGUGACAAUGGCCAGCACUGCGGGCGGCGGCGGCGGCUCCGCCAUGGACGCCCAGCUCGUGGCAUUGCUGGACAAGUUGGAAGGCCUUCGGCAGGAGGUUGGCCCUCCUCCCAGGCUGUCCAUGAUCGCUGAAGUGCGCACCCUGGAGCUGUGGCGCGCGGUGAUCGCCGAGUGCCUGGCCACGGUGUUCUAUGUGUUCCUGGUGUGCGGCGCCUACAGCCCCUGGACCGGCAAGGUGUUGACGCAGGACGGGCAGCUGACAGUGGCCUUGGUGGCGGGUUUCACCAUGGCCAUCCUUGUCCAUAGUUUUGGCCAGGUUUCCGGGGGCCACAUCAAUCCUGCGGUCACGAUCUCCCUGGCGGUCACGCGGCAUGUGUCCCCUCUGCGCGCCGCGAUGUUCGUACUGGCGCAGUUGGGUGGCGGGAUAGCCGGUGCAGCGCUGCUCUAUGGGGCGACGUCAUCUGGUUACACGGGCGACCUGGGAGCCACCUCGGUGUCACAAGUCAUCACCCAGUGGCAGGGCCUGGGUCUGGAGUUUCUCCUUACCUUUGUGGUGGUCUUCGUGUUCUUCUCCUCCGUCAAUCCUUACCGCAGGAGCUUCGGGAACCCCUCCGUCGUGAUUGGGUUCGCCUACAUGGCCUGCACGCUCGUGGGGCUGCCCCUCACUGGUGCCUCCAUGAACCCCGCACGCUCCCUCGGCCCAGCCUUCGUUAAGAACAAGUGGGACGCUCAUUGGGUGUACUGGGUGGCACCCCUAGUUGGCGGCAUGACGGGAGGCCUCAUCUAUGAGUACAUCUUCAAUCCACACCGAGUGCCGCGCUCCCGCAAGGAUUCCAUCGAUGGAGAUUCUUCAAGUGUAGGGAGUGAUGAAGAUCCAUAUGACGAAUGCUCCAAGCCUCCACCUCGAUAUAAUUACAAUGCUCUUCAUGCCCAAAACUAUGACCAGUACCGCCCUGCCAACACCUCCAACACCACCUCCCCCUUAGGAUACCCAGCAAGUAUGUAUGAACACAAUGGAGCAACUUCAGUCUGUAAUGCAUCAGCAUACAAGUAUGACAAUGGCUAUGUCAAAGAUGAUAUUUACUCAGGAUCAAAGAGUUUAUACACCAAAUCACCACCUUUGCCAAGAUCCUCGUCUCUAAACCGCUCCCAGUCAGUGUAUGCCAAGCCUCCACCACCUCGCAUGGACAACUACAACAGGAACCUCACUCACUCUCAAAGCCUCUGCCCCAAAUCAGCCACUGAUUUCUCCACUCUCCCUCACACAGAUAACAUGUACAAAAGCAACCCUCGGCGGGACACCCUCUAUGUCACAAGUAAGUCUGGGAUUGUGAAACCAGAGCCAGUGUAUGGAACAUCUUACAGCAAACAAAAUGAUUCUGGAGAUUCAAACUACUCAACUUAUCGAGGCACAGCUAGCUAUAGUUCAUCCCGUUCCUCAAAUCCAGGACCACCGGUUCCCAUGAGUCGAACACGUACUGACAAUCUCACUCCAAAUUCUGUUGCUUCCGCUCAUUCAAGCCUUGUUACUCCAAACUCAGCAGGUUUGUGUUACUCUCCAAAUCCUCAGUAUUAAGAAGAGGACAGAAACAAUUUCACACCAGAAUUCUGCCUUCAACAAUUUGGAAUCAUAACUCUUGGAUAAUUGCUAAUGCUUUGCAUUCUGUUGGCCAAAUAAAAAUUUGACAAUACUGAAUAUGUGUAAAGCCCAUGUAUUGGUGUUUUUUAUUUUACUUUUUUUUUCAUUUUAUUUUUUUUUUAAGAAUUACUCAUUAGUAUUUGUAUUUUCCAGUUUUUAUUUCAUGGUGUGUACUAAGAACAUGAGUGCUUCCAUUAUUUAAAUGUUUCAGGGCUUUCCAAAAAUAAUUAUAGCUUUAAGACAUAAUCCCUGAUUAAUACAUUUAAAUAUAAAUAUAUAUAAAGUAUACAACUUCAUUAACAUAAUUCAAUGCUUCUUUCUGUAUUUAAUGUAGUACCUCCCCAAGCUUGAUACAAGCUUUGCUUGGUUAGAGAUUAUUGGAGUUAGUAAAGUAGAAUGGAUACUGUCAUGUGAAUGUGUUGAGAUAAUGCAUUAUUCAUAACAAGUGUCUCACCACUUGCUAGAAGAAUCCAGCAAGUCAGGUGUGUUUUGAAUUUCCAUGACUGCCUAGCUGUAUUUUUUGCAGUUUGAAGCAGAGUGGAGAAGUUGCCUUGAAGGUGUUUCAAUACUAAUGUAGGAGCAUGUCAAUUACAUUUUUUUUUUCAUACUUAUGUGGAAAAGAUACAAUAUUUUCAUGUGAUGCCAGAUAGGUGGAUAAUUCCUUUUUGUCUUGCCUAAUGUCCCUUAAAUAAUUGGUGGGCUAUACUUCAUUAACUAAUAGAAAUCUGCUGGCACUUGACAUUGACCACAACUUUCAUUUUGGUUUCCUUUGUAAUACAUGUUGUAUACUUUGCAUGAAAGCCAUUCAUUCAUUCAUUGUCACUGCAAAAGCCACAAAUGUGAGCUUUUAAGUUAGAUGUAUGGAUAAAUCUUGAAAGAAAAUACAGCUUGAAAAAGAAACUUGAACUAUCACCAGUAAAAGACUUGACACUUACAUAAAGUACAAACAUCAGUGUCUAAUGAAAGAUGUGUGGUUCAUUUUAAAUUUUUGAGGUGUAUUUACACUUUGAAUCAUGUAUCUAACUCAACGAAUCAUGUAUCUAACUCAUCUUGAGACAGGUACUUGCAUUACGAUUGCUAACAACUUGUACAAAAAAUAUUUGGUCUUACAAUUGAUAGCAACUUUUACAACAAUAUUUUGUUCAUUAGAUGAAGUUGUAUUUGAAUUCUUGAGUUAUUUUGAGAACAUAUUUGGCAGAAUUUAGAGUGCAGGCACUUUUUUCCUUCCUGUGGGCAUAUGACAAAUGUAAAAGCUUCCUAUAAAAUCCGCAAUGGUUUCACACUUUAAAAAGAUCAAAACAAAAUAUUUUACAAACACACAAAGGUAUCAGCUUGGGAGGUUCUAUUAUCUCAUUUAGCUUAUCCAAGGAUGUUGUACCACAUGUUGAAAUGCCAAAUCACAAAUGUGUAGAGUGUGUGUGUGUGUGUGUGUGUGUUUGUGUGAUUAUAUAUAUAUAUAUAUAUAUAUAUAUAUAUAUAUAUAUAUAUAUAUAUAUAUAUAUAUAUAUAUAUAUAUAUAUAUAUAUAUAUAUAUAUAUAUAUAUUUGUGUGUGUGUACAUAUAUAUAUUCAUAAUUUAAUUAUAAUUAAGGUGUCUUGAUAAUUUUUCUUCACAUGGAAAAAGCAUGUUCCUUUUAAGAAAGCUAUGAUAUGUGAUGUUUUGACAAACAGAUGGUAAACACUAAGUAAUGGUAUGAACAAAUGUAUGUUUCUACUUGUAUAUAUUAAUGCCAAUUCUCAUUAUCAUUUUGUCAACACUGGCAAUAUCAUUUUGUCAAUACUGGCAAAAAAUUACAAGUUAUGUGUGUUUUACUUUAUCAUGUUAUAAAGACAAAUCUUACCUAAUUAUGUAGAUGAUUCUGAAUGCUCCUUUUCUUGAGAUAUUUGUGCAGUAUACUUCCUACAUGAAGUAUAUGAAGAAAUCUAAGAACAAUUAUAUACAAGCAAGUCUUGUUAUAUGUAGGGUGAUACGUUUUCUUGAGAAUUAACCUACAAUGUAAAUAGCAUAAUGAAAAUAGGUAUGAUUCACAACAGCCUAGCAUUGCUUCUGAGUACAAAUGUAUGAAAGAAAAAUUAAAGCGUCUCAUGAUCAAAUUGCUCUUAUAUUACAAUAUAACAUAGGUACUGUAAAAAUAUAUUAAUCAGACUUCAAUAAAUUAGGUCAAAAGAAAAUUUCUGUAAAAAUAUAUUAAUCAGACUUCAAUAAAUUAGAUCAAAAGAAAAUUUCAAUCAAGAAUAAUAUCAAACAGAUUCAGAUGGUGAUGGGUUUAAACGCUAAUAUGCAGGAGUACCACCCAUCCACCUCAGCAAAUAAAACUGAUUUCAGCCCUAAAUUUGAGUGAUACAAUACAAAAGUUUUCUGCAACCAAAUCCUGUCCAUUAUGCUGUUUCUUAAUUUUUCAGAUCAUUUCAUUAUAUAUAUAUAUAUAUAUAUAUAUAUAUAUAUAUAUAUAUAUAUAUAUAUAUAUAUAUAUAUAUAUAUAUAUAUAUAUAUAUAUAUAUAUAUAUAUAGUGUGUGUGUGAAUGUAACCUAUCUGUUAGCAAGACCUACCUGUAUACACAUUACAAUGAACAAGAAAACCAACUUUUUCCAUUUCAGUGGAAACUUUUCAUGUAUCAUUAUUUUUUCUAGAAUACCUUGGUAACCAAAUAAUGCUUUUGUAAUAGCCAGCCAAAAAAUAUUAUUAUAGUGUAUAUACUGUAAAUCCCCUCAACAUAGUAUUUUCCUGGGCGGUGGUCAGAAUUGACCAUCCCCCUAUUGCUCCAAUUGAAGGGAGUAUGAAGCACUAACUAUAAGGAUGUGUUAUUUAAUACAUCUUAUCGCACAAAUAAAAUCCCUCUCCCUCCUUGCACAUAACCCUGCCCAUGCUCGUGUGUGAGGAGCACUGAGGAACAAAGGAGUGAUGGCUUCAUAGCCUGAUGGUGGCGGUGCCAGGCAGUGCUUCACAUGGUAACCAUUUAGCUCCUCCCAAAUCUUGAUAUUUUGUUUCCUUUCUUUUUUCUUAAAUAACUGAAGAGAUGAAAAUGAUCACUGAACUAGUAGUAUAAUAGUAAAGUUUGUUUGUUAGGAGCAGUCACUGCAUCCAUGAGGGUCACUGAACAGUUGAACUCACUCCUUUCAGUACAAGUUUGUAGUGUUGUAUAGUUAGUAUUACUAUAUACUAUCUAGUUUAUUACUUAUCAUUCAUCUUUAUGUUGUUAUAAGUAAAUCCUCACAGUAUAAUAGGAUUUCUUUUGGUUAGCCUGAACUGGCAACUAUGUUGGCUCUGUGUUGUGCUUUAUUUUUGAAGAGAUGCAGUGUGGACCUGCUUGAACUCCUGAACUUUAAUUAUGUGGAUGUUGAAGUGAGGUGGAGUAAAUAAAAAUCAGUGAACCAUUUACAUUGCCUUGUGCCUGUGAGGUUUGGUGUUUGCUUCAUUUUUUUUUUUUUUUUAAUUACCUAUGAUAUUCAGGAUUGACUAUUGACUAUUACAUAAGUAUACUUGAUAUUCAGGAUUGACUAUUACAUAAGUAUAUUUGGUGUUUUUGGAAAUAUUCUUAAUAUAAGGUCUUUUGAGUACUUCUAUGUUUCAGUAUGUACAAAUAUGGAAUUUUAAUGGGCACUAAUCUUCAUUUUUGAGUGUAAAAGUAGGUGCAGAAGUUUUUGUUCAUGUAAUAAGUGUGUAAAUAUGCAUUCCAUCUCCUAGAAGUGAUUGGAAUUAAACUAUUCUUAACUGUAUAGCAAACUAUUCUUAAAAUGCUUGACACUGUGCUGAAAUUUCAGUAGUGAAGAGAAAGAAAAAAAAAAAAAUAAGAUGCAUGAGAGGAAAAAUAAGUAUGUAUGGAUAAAAAAUAAAUAAAUAAUAGUAAUAAAAUUUUAAAAAAUGUAACUUUUCAUCUGGCUGUAGAUAACAUUGGUUUGAAGUGGUGGACAGAUAUACUGAUUACUAUGUACAUCCAUUACAAACCAAGCCGUGAUGGUGAGAGAAUGGAUACAUAACUGUAAUUAAAGGAGUACAAGAUGUAGUUUAAUGUGAAGUUUGAGUAUAUGUAUUACUUAUUUAAUGGGCUGCAGGAAAAUGUAUGCUGUACUUGAUUUUUCAUUGUUUAGGGCCUUCAUGGAUCCUCUUGUUAUCCAGACAAAUGCCAAAUAUUUUUUUUAGAAUUUAUUUUAAAAUGCACAACUAAUAAUAGUGUAAAUUAAUAAAAAUUCAGAGGAAGGAAA